ACCAACGUCCCCGUGGGGCUAGGGGAGGAAGCCGGCCGGCUCUCUCCGCGCUCUUCGCAGCCCGGGUUCUGGUUUUAGUGGGUCUGCUGGAAUUUGAAGCCCCGAAGCGAAACAGGAGGUGCUCCUUUUGGAAAGGGGAACCGAUUGCCGGAAAAAAAAAAGUUGUUUCUUCCUCUAAAGUCGGGAAUGGUGUGGCCUGCCUCGCUAGGGCUCUUGCUGCAGAGAUGGAACCACUUGGGGGCGUUCCGAGUCCGGGGAGCGCGCGGAACGAAAGUGGUGACCAGCUCCGUACCCCCAGGCUUGCUCUAACUGCCUUGUCCAGUAUGAAUCCAGGUGAGGCCACAACAAAAAUGUGAGCUCAGUCUAGAUCGCGCUCAAAACUCAACCCGGGAAUAAGGCGGCGCGGGAAUCGAGCUUCUUCAGUCCUGUAUAAUGACAGCUAACUCUUGAUUGUCGGCGUCUUACAUCAUCUCUUUUAAUUCGCAAAACAGACUGAUGAAAUACUUCCUCCUGGUUGCGGAUAAAGCCGAAUAGCCUGUGGCUAAUAAAGGCAAAGGUGGAAUUUUGAAGUCCGAUACCCUGAUCCCGUUGCUGAGGUCUUUAACCAUGAAGCUGUACAGUAAACUCAGUUAGUUGGAGAAAGGGCUUGGAAAACUCAAGAGAAUCAGCAAGGACAUAUCUUCGGGUGAGUGACACCUGAACCUACGCUUGGGCGAUGAGUUAAUCAAGUUGAAGAAGUGUACAAAAGAUCUGUCCAGAUGAGUUGUUGAACAAGCAUUCCUGGAGAAGUACGGAUACCUCAGUGAGCAGGGCUCCAAAGUUCCAGCCUCCACUCAGUUCAGCAAUGCCAUCAGAGAGUUCCAGUGGGUGUCCCAGCUGCCCAUCAGUGGCGUGCUGGACCAGGCCACACUGCGACAGAUGACACGUCCGCGCUGUGGGGUUGCAGAUACUGGCGGUCAUGCAGCUUGGACAGAGAGGACCAAUGCCCCGUUUGGUGGACACCGGGCCAAAAUGAGGCGCAAGAAACGCUUUGCAAAGCCAGGUAACAAAUGGUACAAGCAGCAUCUUUCCUACCACCUGGUGAACUGGCCCGAACACCUGCCUGAGCCAGCUGUUCGAGGGGCCGUGCGAGCUGCCUUCCAGUUGUGGAGCAAUGUGUCAGCGCUGGAGUUCUGGGAGGCCCCAGCCACAGGCCCUGCCGACAUUCGCCUCACCUUCUUCCAAGGGGACCACAAUGAUGGGCUGGCCAACGCCUUCGAUGGCCCAGGGGGCGCCCUGGCGCACGCCUUCCUGCCCCGCCGGGGCGAAGCGCAUUUCGACCGAGAGGAGCGCUGGUCCCUGAGCCGCCGCCGCGGGCGCAACCUGUUCGUGGUGCUGGCGCACGAGAUCGGCCACACGCUCGGUCUCCCGCACUCGCCCGCGCCGCGCGCGCUCAUGGCGCCCUACUACAAGAAGCUGGGCCGCGAGGCCCUGCUCAGCUACGACGACGUGCUGGCGGUGCAGAGUCUGUACGGGAAGCCCCUGGGACGCUCAGUAGCCACCCAACUCCCCGGAAAGCUAUUCACUGACUUUGAGGCCUGGAACCCCCCCAACUCCCAGAGCAGAGGCCCGGAAACCAGAGGUCCUAAAUACUGCCACGCUUCCUUUGACGCCAUCACUGUAGAUGCGCAAUGGCGGAUGUACGUCUUCAAAGGGAGCCACUUCUGGGAAGUCACAGCUGACGGCAAUGUUUCGGAGCCCAGCCCACUACAGAAAAGGUGGCCUGGGCUGCUCCCCAAUAUUGAGGCUGCUGCAGUGUCUCUGGAAGAUGGAGACUUCUACUUCUUCAAAGGGAGUCGAUGUUGGAGGUUCCAGGGCCCGAAAUCCGUGUGGGGGUUCGCACAGCGAUGCCGGGCAGGCGGUCUGCCCCGUCAUCCAGACGCAGUUCUCUUCUUCCCGCCUCUGCGCCGCCUUGUCCUCUUCAAGGGCUCCCGCUACUACGUGCUGGCUCGAGGGGCCAUGCAAGUGGAGCCCUACUACCCCCGCAGUCUGCGGGACUGGGCCGGGGUCCCUGAAGAGGUCAGCGGCGCCCUGCCAAGGCCCGAUGGCUCCAUCAUCUUCUUCAGGGAUGACCACUACUGGCACCUGGAUCAAGCCAAACUGCGGGUGACCAGCUCCGGCCGCUGGGCCACCGAGCUGCCCUGGAUGGGUUGUUGGAACGCCAACUCGGGAGGUACCCUGUUCUGAAGGCUCCCUAUCACCAAAUGAACCGCGGUUGCCCCCGCCUGAGGGGCGGGGUCUGUCCAGGAAGCCCCUGGACCUCGCCGGAACCUCCUGGCAGCGUAGCUACAGAAGGAAAUUGGUCUGCGUUUGUUCCCCGGAGAGGAAGGAGAGGCAAAACGAGGUUCCUAUAGCCUUUUUCCUUCCCACUCCUGGGGGUGGGUUGGGGUGGGGUUCUGUUCUGAAGAGGAGAAUGCAAAAUUCAGCUGAGGGUGAAGACUAUUCUGCAGGACCCUCCGUUUCGGCGUCUUUCGGGCUCAGUGCUUGGAAAGUCACGUGAUAUUUUCUCGGAGACUUCACCCGCUUCCCACCCCAGCAGGCUUGGCUGGGGUCAAGGCUCAAGGGUCUCCACUCUCAGAGGCCCUCUAUUGGAUCGGGACACAGCGCAGAAGCGAAUGCGCUCCUUCUAAGGCUGUCUGGGUUAACGAAGAAGGGCCACCAGCUCCUUGGACAGAAUCGCCUGCCCUUUUCAAUAGAAGCAAAUGGGUACCGGUGCUGGAGACACUGGGACCAUGCGCUGACAUCCAACCCAGACACAGCCAGCUGUGUAUGACUGUCAUGGAGAGAGGGGGUGCUCCUCCCUUCAAAAGCAGAGCAUCUUCACCCCGUCUUUGCCUCCAAGAUGGACGUCUGGAGCACCAGGAAGAUGAAAGAGGGUCCUUGUGGGUCCACCCAGUGCGGGCGCUGGGGAGGCAACCUCCGUAGCGCUCUGCAGGUUGGGUGAGGCCUGUUUGCUCUCAGUGGCCCCAUUCUCCAGGCCACACACGCAGCAGCAUUCCGAAGCUCGAGCCGUCUAGCCAAGAAUAGCUGGGAUUCCUGGAGAAGGAACCAGCUCCCCGGCCUUCCCCCUUGUGUCUCAGCCCGUCUCGGUAUUAAUUUUAGCAUCUGGAUCUCCAGCCCUCCUUGCCUCCCCCUCCACCUACCAGUGCUCUGCACACACACUGUGGCCACCAUGAGCCAGCUCUGGGGGGGGGGGGGUGAAAGUGGGGGGGGAUGAUUUUGGCAGGGGAU